AGUACAGCAAGUUCAAGAACUCCAAACAUGUGCCCUGUGGACUAAGAUUUGUGAACUUUGAUCUUCGUUGUUUUUGAGAAAUCUUACAUUAGUUUUUGGCUGUUUAUGGUUGGUAACGAUGUUUUUAAGGUCCAGAAUUAUCGGGCAGUGGCAUAUCUGUUCUAAAUAUACUCAACUACCUCAAACAUCUCAUUUGAGAUGUUUUUCGUCGGAAGCCACUUCAGUAAAGACUGAGGAAAGAGGGACAAAAAAACCAGAUAAACUGCAAGUGAAAGGAUCCAAAGAAUCAGAUUUAGCUAAGAGGUAUCCAUCAGGCAUCACAAAUGAACCCUUUAUAAAAAAUUUAUUUUUAGGAAGAUUUGACAAGGAAUUUCUUGCGUAUCCAGAAAUAGAAGAUGUAGAUGAAUUGAAUGAACUGAAUCGAAUGGUUCAGCAAGUUGAGAAAUUUUUUACUGAAGAAGUUGAUUCGAAAAGCAUUGAUGUAAAUGCUAAGAUACCAAAUGAAGUGCUACAGAAGAUUAAAGAUAUGGGGCUUUUUGGACAACAAAUCCCUGAAGAAUAUGGUGGAUUAGGAUUAAAUGCCACUAAGUAUGCUAGAAUAGCUGAAGCUACAGCAUUAGAUGGAAGUAUAUCAGUAACCCUUGCAGGUCAUCAAUCUAUUGGUCUCAAAGGUUUAUUAAUAGCUGGUACGGAAGAGCAGAAAGAGAAAUAUUUACCUAAAUUAGCGACUGGUGAAUUAGUGGCUGCCUUCUGUCUCACAGAACCAUCAAGUGGCAGUGAUGCAGCAUCGAUUCAAACUAGAGCAACUUUAUCUGAAGAUGGCCAGACGUAUUAUCUUAAUGGUGGCAAACUCUGGAUAUCUAACGGAGGAAUCGCAGAUGUUUUUACUGUCCUUGCCAAAACUGAAAUCACCAACCAAGUUGGUGAGAAAGAAGACAAGAUAACAGCGUUUUUUGUUGAAAGAGCGUUCGGGGGUGUAACUAGUGGAAAACCAGAAGACAAACUUGGUAUACGGGGAUCAAAUACGUGUGAAGUACAUUUUGAUAAUACACCGGUACCAAUUGAUAAUGUUAUUGGUGAAGUAGGAGGGGGCUUUAAGGUAGCUAUGAAUAUAUUAAAUAGUGGUAGAUUUAGUAUGGGAAGCUCAUCGGCAGGUGCACUGAAACGAUUGUUAGGUAUGACAGUAGAACAUGCUACAACAAGAACACAGUUUGGAAAAAAAAUAUCAGAAUUUGGGUUGAUUCAGGAAAAAAUUGCAAAGAUGGCUCUCAAAAUUUAUGCCAUGGAAAGUAUGGCUUACCUUACUGCUGGUGUAAUAGACUCUUAUGAAAAACCAGAUUUAUCAAUUGAAGCAGCCAUGGUUAAAAUUUAUAGCUCUGAAGGGACAUGGAUGUGUGUUAGUGAAUGUCUACAAAUACUGGGUGGUCAAGGCUAUAUGAAAGAUUAUCCAUAUGAAAGAUAUUUACGCGAUGCACGAAUUCUCUCGAUAUUUGAGGGAACUAACGAGAUUUUAAGGUUACUUGUGGCGUUAUCAGGUUGUCAACAUGCUGGUAAAGAACUAAAGAAUCUUGUUAAAAAAUUACGAAAUCCCGUGAUGAAUCCAGACGUUUUGGUAAAAACAGCCUACAGGAAAAUAAUGGGGAAGCAUCUGGCAGGGGAUAGAACGCCUUUUGCUUUGGAUGAAGAAGUCCAUCCUAGUUUAAAAGAGGAAGCUGAUAAAAUAGAUGUUUCAGUAAGAAUGUUACAAAGUUCUUCAGAUUAUUUGUUGGUCCUACAUGGUAAUAAAAUUGUAGAUGACCAGAUGAAUUUAAAAAGACUGGCUGAUAUUGCUAUAGACAUCUACGCUAUGACGGCUUGUAUAGGCAGAGCAUCAAGAUCCAGGUGUAUAGGACUACGGAAUAAUGACCACGAGUUUUUGUUAACCAAAACAUUUUGUGAAGAAGCACAUCGAAAUGUUAAACAAUUAUAUCAUCAAAUAAUUGAAGGUAAAGUAAAGAAUUUGGACCAAUCAUAUCAUCAUAUAGCAGAUAAAAUAUUUAAAACAGGCGGUUACGCAGCAGAACAUCCGUUAACACGAAACUGGUGAAUGUCAAAUAAGUUCAAAAGUGUUUUAUAAAUAAACAAACUAAAAUUGUGUAUAAAAUGGCUUCCUGCUUACAUGUAAUUCUCGUGGAUAAAUUAUUAAGGAUGAAAAGAAACAAUAUGUAAAUAUUAUUUUAGUAAACAGUCAAGAUUGCGUUGGAUAAAUAUAUUGGAAAUAUUGAUCCAUGACUUGAUGGAUAAAUAUAUUGUAAAUAUUGGUCCAUGACAAUACAUGAUCCAGUGCUACAUGACUUGAUGAAGAACGGUAGAUAUUACAUGUGUGUUAUGUACGGGGAUAUCAAAUUUUCCUGAAUUCUGGGGAUCAGCGAGGGAGAGUGUUUUAUAUAUGGUAUUAAAAUACAGAUGUGACGUCAUUCUUUGAUGUUGGAGUACCAUUAUUUCAAAUAAUCGUACGGGCAAUGUGCCAAGCGUAACUUGGUAAAAUAUUGAACUCGAGUGACGUAUUUCAUUGAAAAGCACGUGCAAGUGUCUGUAUUUUAAGUUAUUUAAUGGUCUCGAGCUUAAGACAUUGCGUAAUAUAUUGUAAAAACAUUCGGGCCUCACGGCCCUCAUGUUGUUACAAUAUAUUACUUAAUGUUUCGCUCUCGACCAUUAAACCACACAUAAUGGUUUGUGGAUGGAGUCAUAGUUUUUGUCGAUUAAGAAUGCAGUCUGUUGAUGUUCUUUUAGUAACUGGAUAGAGCAAUAAACUAUAACACAUACUUAUCGAAGAACAAUUACUGAUUUAUUUAGGCGACGUUUCGAAGAGAGUAUUCUCUCAACAUUUUCAAGCAAGUACAGUAACAAUGUAUAGGGCAAUCAUAUAUAGACAAGCAAUCUAUCUAUAUAUAUAUAUAUAAUUGCCCUACACAUUUGUUACUGUUAUAGUUUAUCAGUUUGUUGAUAAUGUAAAAAUGAAUGCUGAUCCAUGUAAAUAAGAUUACCCCACGAAAGUCAGGAUUUACUAGGGCUUGUCGGGGAAACACAGGUGGCAGCGUUCUCGAUUUUCUACCUCAGUCAAUUGUCAGGCCUCUUGUUUUAUCCCUAAUAUCUUGUUUAGCAUAUGAGAAAAUUCUGUAUCAGAGAUAUGGGUGAUUUUAGCAUUAGCAUUUAAAAUGGUUGCACACCCCUACUAAAGUUUUUUAAAGUAUUUGUACGAGCAUUUAAAAUAGUGGCGCAUCCCUGCUAAAGAUCUUUAAAGUAUUUGUACGAUUUUAAAAGCAUUAGUCUAGGUCAUCAGGAUGUCUGCCUGGAACAUUAUACAAGGCUAGAAGAAUAUGAUCAAAUUCAAUAUUUCUUUGUGUUCGUAACAAAUCGGGGGGUUGGGUGGCCGAAUGGUAGCACGUCAACUGGUGUGGUUUCGAAUCCCCGGUUGUACAUGACAAGGAGUAGGGUCGCCUGUCCAACCUCGUGGGUUUUCUCCGGGUCCUCCGGUUUCCUCCCACUGCUAAAGACCCCUACGCGCAAGCGAAUAUUGAAAUAAAAUGAAUACCAUAUGUUAGUCCCAAAAUGACCUAGUUUGUUUCAAGUGGACGUUAAACCCCAUUUCUCUCUCUCUCCCUCUCUAUCAGAUUAACAGCCAAUUAAGAUGUUUUAUUGUCCCCAGCCUUUUGUUUUCAACUUUGUGUUGAUGAUCAUUAGAUGUAUAAAUUGACUGAGUUGGAUGAUGAUCCUUAGGUGUAUACCUUGACUGAGUUGGAUGAUGAGCAAUAGGAGUAUACCUUGACUGAGUUUAUUGAAUUUCAUUAGGUGUGCCUUUGCAGAGAUACAUGCAAGCAAUUUGUUUUGUUGAUGCUUUGAUUAUAAUUGAACACAAGUCAUGAAAAUGUGUGUAUUGCUGUUAUACUAGGAGCUACUGAAAUUAUUUAGUGAAAAUAAAAACAAACAAUGUACACACUUUAACUUCUGUUUGAAUUAAAGAUAUCGACUCAUUGGUAGAAAUAUUUUAUAAACUUGUGAUAUAAAUUAUGAAAUAAAUUUUAUUUAUGACAUAU